CUUUACGAUGGUCGUUCUGGUGCACAGCCACCGGCCAUGCCGUUUUCCGCAAUGGCGGCAUAGUUUUACGAUUAAAAAGAAGAGGUUGCGGUGAGAAUACUAUACUUGUUACAAAAGUUAAAAAACCUAAUGGAUAACCAAGUUGGAGGUGUUGAAGUGGGAGAUAUUCCAAUGAUUGAAUCACCGAGUAUUAAUGACUCUUCUGAUAUUCCUGAGUUGGAAGUUUCCGAAUCAACUAGUCUAAGUCCGCUCACAUCGUCCUUGGAUCAUAAUCUUACAAUCCAAGAAGAUAAUGUCCUUGCAGAUGUGAAUAUGGGCAUCGCAGAGACAUGGGAUGGACCAAGUACACCGGCAUCUAGUGCUAUUGCAAUACCACUACCACCACCACCAAUCCACGAUUACUUGGAUGUAGGAGCUGAGCCAAUCAGUGAUACUGAAGGAGUAGAACACGGGCCUUUUCUACCUCCUAAUGGAACAUUCAACAAUCUGUUUGCUGACGCGUCGGACAUUCAGGAAGAUGCUGUUGUCGAAAUAUCAACAACAGCUGGUGUUUGUGGUCUUAAGAAUUUAGGAAAUACGUGUUUUAUGGCAGCAGGAUUGCAGUGUCUUGCUGCAACACCACCAGUAUUACAGUACUUUUUAGAAGUACAGCAGAAUGAUGAGAAAUUACUGCCAGCUGGUUCGUUAAUGGCACAUUUUAGCGCGUUAUUAAUUAAAAUGUGGUCGCGUAAAUACAUGGUAGUUAGACCAACGGAAUUCAAACAGACAUUGGGUGCUUAUCAUUCACAGUUUAAAGAUUAUCGGCAACAUGAUUGUCAAGAAUUUCUCGCUCUCUUGUUGGAUUCACUGCAUGAACAAAUGAAUACAGCCAAGUCUGCUAAAAAUUGUUUGCAACAACAUCAGCAACAAGUACCAGCAACUAUUACCACUGCCAAUUCAAUAAACUCAAAUAAAAAGAUUGAAAAUGUACCAUCGUCACCGCCAAUGAUGAGCUCUACUGCUGCUAGUACUGAUGACAUUGCCGUCACUGCCCCUACUAACACUAAUUCUAAUGCUAAUGAUGAUUAUAUGGAUACUUAUGAUAAUUCGCCAUCUUCUGAUUGUCCUAAUAGUCCUAAUGUCACAAUGGCUGGUUCGCCUAAAGAUUUAGAUUCUCCGAUGGGCGAUCUUGAUAGUACAGCAAAUUCACCACGAGGUUCACCAUUGAAUGAAGAUGAGGAAACAUUAGACUCAGAUGAAGUUCUUGAUACCAAAUCAAGUUUCAUUUAUAACAAAGUAUACGACGCUGAGAUGAACGACACUAACAAUCCAUUAAGACUUGAUUUAACUCAGCUAUCGAAAAAAACAACUCAUCUUCACGGUAUAUAUGAUAUAUUAAAAGACGCUAAAACAAGUAAUGCAAAUUUUUUAGUAACGCAACAAGAGUGCAAUAAUGAGAUAUGUUACGACUCUCAAAAAUUUCAAAAAGAUAAUUUGCGUAGAACAACAACGUUAGAUAAUUCAAAUUUGACUGAAAAUCAUGAUUUUGAUAAUAAAACUCUUAGUAUCAAACGUAUUAAAGAAGUCAAUGUUCAAAAAAAUAAUUGUAAUAACGAUUGUUUGUCAAAUAAUUCCGAUACUGAGUGUGAUAAUAAUGGGUUAGAAAAGUGCAAUGUUAAGCGUAUGAAAUUAGAGGAUAAUGAAAAAAAAAAUCAUAAAAAUAUUGAUGGUGAUAUUGAUAAUAAUAUUAAUAAUACAAGUGAUAAUAAUCUGUGCUCACGAACAUUUGUUAAUUGUGAGAAUGGUGCUAUUGCUGAACAAGAUGAAAUAGAAGCUGAUAAACACUGGGCUAAACAUUUGAGAUCCAAUCGUAGUAUAAUUGUUGAUACAUUUCAAGGACAGUUCAAAAGCACGGUUGUAUGUGCAGUAUGUAAACAUGUAUCGGUUACCUAUGAGCCUUUCAUGUAUCUGUCUGUACCGUUACCCCACGCAAUGGAGAGACAGUUGAACGUAACAUACAUACCUGCUAAUAAUGAUCCGCCAGUUAGAUGCGUUGUAUCGUUUAAUAAACAGUCACGUAUUGGUAAACUCAAGGAAGAAUUAUUAAAGACUUUGGGUAAAGAAGAUGUCGAUACCAGUAAUAUUGCAUUUGCUGAGGUCUUGGAGAAUCAUAUAUCAAAAAUAUUGGAUGAUAAUUUGAUGUUGAGAUGUAUAAAUGAUACAAGUAGAUCAAUUUACGCAUUUGAGUUGACGGAUCCACCAGAUGCGUAUACAUCGACGCCUGAAGGAAGUGCGGAUCGAGUUACUGAAACCGAGCCAUGUCAAAAUGGAACUUCCUCUGGAGAGGAAAUUGGUCCUUGUACAAUAUGCCUAGAAGAGUUGGAUGGCGACUUGAAAAGACACAGUGGCGAUAAUUGCACUGUUGUCAUGUGUGAACCUUGUAUAGAGAACUACUUCAAGACCCGUACGGAAUCACGAGUGUGCCCAGUGUGUAAUGUACAAGUGGAGAAAAGUUCAUUUACUAAAAUUGAUCAAACGGGUCGACCGAGGCCAGCAAUACGAAUACUCAAUGUACCUCUUGUAUUGAGGCAUGAUACCAAUGAAGCGCCAAACAAUCGCAAGAGUACCAAGCUCUUUGGGUAUCCGCACUUGGUCAGAUUGCCAUCGAGAGUUAAUGCUGAAAAUUUGUAUGAGGUCGUAAGACGAGUUGUCCCGCAUCAAGGGGAAUACACUGUGCAUUUUGUUGACGGACAGGGCCGUCAUUGUUCUCGUUGUUUGUACAACGCCCAUUGUACUGGAUGCAGUGUUCCAGAAACAGGGAUGGUCGACCUGAGAACAAGUGAUACUCUAGCAGUACGUUAUACGGAAAAUGUACCAGACAUUGAACCACCGAUUGAACAUAUCAGCGUUAGAAAACAACGUCCACCGGAUCCGUUGUCUUUGUACGACUGUCUGCAAGCAUUUAGUCAAAGUGAAAUGUUGGACGAACACAACCCGUGGUUUUGUCCGAAGUGUCAACGAAAUCAAUGUGCUACAAAGACAUUAACGGUUCAUCGGUAUCCUAAGUACCUCAUUGUCUAUCUUAAGAGAUUCGUAUUUCAUGAGUGCGUAAGCAUGAAAUUGGAUGAUAAAGUAACUUUUCCUUUAGCCGGACUGAGUUUGGGCAAAAAUAUGUAUGAUCUAUAUGCUUGUGUCUGUCAUUAUGGAGGAGUUUCUGCUGGGCAUUAUACAGCAUACGCCAAGAACCCUCACACAGACGUAUGGUAUCACUACAAUGAUGAAAUGACGAGUAAACAAAAACCACAGGAAGAAGAUUUUAGUAAUGCAUAUAUAUUAUUCUACAGUCGACGAGAAACAAACUCUAAGCCAUGUAAUUUAUAAAUUAAAUGGAAAAAAAUUAAUGGCAACGAAAAGAUAUUUUAAUUAAGUCUAAAAUUUUUCAUAUAAACGGAUGUUUAUUGUAUAAAAAACAAAAAAAAAGUAAUUAGGCGUUGGUUCAGGCAAACUAAAAAAAUAUUAGGAUAAUUUUUUCAAUAAUUAUUAUUAAAAUAAUAAUGUUUUCACUGAUUGUUAUGGAGUUUUUUAAAAUUUUUUUUUCUUCAUACAAUACUCAAGUCUCAGUGAUUAGUUAAAUGAAUAAAUAAUUAAAGUAAAAUAAUGAAAAAAAAAAAAA